AUGGCUCCGCCAGAUCCCCCACUCUGGCCAGUCACAAGCGAGGUGCUCAGGCAGGAGAAGGGUGCGGGCACCACCGAUAUCCUGCCGGCUACCUAUCACUACCAUGAUGCCGCUGGCAGGCGCGUUGUCGGCGAUCCGGCGGAGGACACGCCGGCGUUCUUACGGAGGGAACUGUCCCUCGGGAGCCUCGUCGACAUGCUGAGGCAUCUGUGGUUUGCCGGCGCGAAGCGUCCUGCCAUGCCGCUGCACUUUCAUAUCGCCAUGGGCCGAGAGAUCGUCGUCGUCGACCGGAUGGACUUGCACCUCCUCUGGACAAACGAGGGGAGACUCUUCGUCAAGCCCGUCCCGCAUUUCCUUCUCGAUCCGGCCUUUUGCCGGAUCAACCUACAGUGUCCUAAGGCUUGCCCGUGCGACACUCCAGCAGAUACAUGCCGGACAACUCCGCGGAAAGUCGCCCUCGGCUUCCUUUAUACCUACGCCUGUCUCCUAUCAUCGGAGAGCGACUUCCACGUUGCCAACGAAAAGCGCCUCUUGCCUCGCAAGGAAGACGACAAGCCGAUCGAAUGGACAGACUGGAAGACCCUGGCCCGGGAGCUGCUCCGAAUGCACGAGCGCGACCCGCACCCACGCUUUCUGCGCGCCGAGCUCCGCCUCUCGCGCAUAAACACGAUCCACCGCUUCACGCGCCUCCCGCGCUUCGACCCCUACCUCCGCAGUCGGCACAACUACGGCAGCCUCUUCGGUGACAACCUCGCCUGGAUGACCGCCGCCACCGUCUUCGUUGCCCUGGUGCUGACCGCGAUGCAGGUCGGCCUUGCCACGGAGCGGCUUAAGGACAACGCCGCCUUCCAGCAGGCCUCGUACGGCUUCACCGUCUUUGCCAUUCUAGGUCCCUUGUGCGCGUUCGGCCUGGUGGUCCUAGGCGCGUUGUUUCAUCUCGUCAAGGACCUGCCGUUGCUUCUCGGAAGACAGCGCACUUGCAGGGAGGUCGACCACACUAUGUCCAACACCAAUCUGGACGACGCGGCCUAG